AUGUCUUUCCUGGGUGCCUUCCGUCCCUCCAGCGCGGCCCUAGGAGGCCUAUUAUGGAAAAACCCUUGGCGCCUGUCAUCACCUCGCAAGGCGCGUGUCCGUCAGCGUUUGCGAGACGUUGAUAUGGUAAUUGAGACUGUCCGCGCCAGCGGUGUGACAUGCUCCGCUUUGGAACGCGAUCUCAAGCUUCCUAAAGAGAAUGACAUGCAUUCGCGCGACAAGUAUACCAUUUUUUCGCCAACUGGUGUAAAUUUCCGGAAAAGUGUCCACAAAGUUCCCAAGUGGACGCGCAAAACAUUGCGCGUCAACCCCCGCGGCUUUUAA